UUUUCCAGUCCUUUCCCGACCGGGCUAAUGCCGCCUCUAUUCCUGGCCGCAGACCAGCUGGGACAGCGGACGUAAUCCAGAGCCGGAUUAUUAGAUCGGCUUUCGAUGGCAAAGCGCUGCACCCGGUGAAAGUAGGGUCCAGAUCAAAGCUUCUCUUCACAUCAGAGAUUCGCAACCACUAUGUAGCCGUUUUUAUUUUUAGUUUUUUUUUCAAAUUUCCAAUUGGUCCAAAAAUGAUUUUACUACAAAUAAUGUUUAUUCAUCUAUUGAUUCAAGCAUCGUAUACUGACAGGCAGAACGAUGGAAUGCUCAUCCUGCCUAUAUUCUACUUGAUGGCAGAAGAAUUAACCUGGGUAUCCACUUUUGGUAGUGUGCUGGCAGGUUUCUUUUUUUUCCCUAAUGUGCAAUACGUGUCCUGGCUCAGUAAUAUAAUCUUGCAGAGUUCCUGGCAAAGCCUGAUUUAAAAAAAAAAAAAAAAAAAACAAACGCAAACGUAGACAAAAAUGACAUUGGGCAUAGCAACAGUAGUCAUGCUGUCAUCUGUAGUCGCUAAUGCAGCAGCACAUCAGUACUCGCACGGUACUUCAGUAGAAUUUUAAUAACUUGGCACAAUGAAAGCAAAACUCUGCACACAAAAUCGUUUCCCUCUUUUAACUUGCGUACCGAGAAGAAGAAUUAACAAAUCACGUUGCCACACGAGAAAGCAACAAGGUCCCGUAACUGUUUGUUUGCGAACUGAGUAACAAAAGCUAAUGCUAACAGCCCAAAAAGUGUUUUCAAAUGUAGAGAUUAAAAUGUAAACCGCUCCCUAAAGUACAGAUGUCUGAAAAAUCUUUAAAAAAAAAAAAAAACUGUCGUUGGUUCUCAACUUGGCAGCGCUGGCCAAAUGAGCGUUUGAUGUCCUCGAGGCCGAUUGGAAGGCACGCACGCGGCCAUCAAGCGCUCAUUAGAUGUCACCUGAAGCUAAACGAGAUUAAAGUCAAAGCCUCUUUCUGCCGCUUCAGUUCGCAGGCUUUUCUGUGGACCAAUGAAGCUCGGACACGAAGUUUGACGCUCACGGGCACCGGGUGUGACGUUCGCCGGCUGCUCGGCUGCUCUGGAGAGAGUGACAAUGCCGCUGGCCAGGUGGUUGCUGGGGCUGUGUUUGUGGUGGCUAAGCGUCGCAGAGGUUUGGACCGCCACCUUCAAGUUGGCUCUCAUUGGCCCCUGGUCCUGUGAUCCGAUGUUCUCCAGGGCAAUGCCAACGGCGGCCGCCAACUUGGCACUGUCCAGGCUACGCAGUGAUGGCAGCUUGAGCCAAGGCUACUGGUAUGAUGUCAAACUGCUUGAUGAGGACUGUUCCACUUCCAGAGCUCUAACGGAACUUGUUGACAUGGAGGGUUACGGUCACGCCUACAUUGGACCCUUCAGCCCCGCCCUUUGUCACGCCGCCUCUUUAUUGGCUCAACACUGGGAGGCGGGGCUGGCCUCGCCCGGCUGCCUCGAUGCCGAUUGGCCGAACCUGCCACCCGUCCCUCCCCCCAGCAGGGUCCUGUUCACGGUGCUCCGGUUCUUUCGCUGGGCGCACGUUGGCGUCAUCUCAGCGCCGGUCGACAUUUGGAGGAGCACCGGACAGGAAGUGGCCUCCGCCCUCAGGGGCCUCGGCUUACCGGUCGGCCCGGUUGUCACCGUGGAAACGAAGGCGAAAGACGGCCCUCGGAAUGCGCUUCGAGUAAUCAGAGAUGCGGACAAGGUCAAAGUGGUCAUCUUGUGCAUGAGCUCCGUCCUUAUCGGUGGGGAGGAUCAGAGAACGCUCCUAUUGGCCGCUCUCGAUAUGGGCAUGGUCUCUGAUGGCUACGUCUUCAUCCCUUACGACGCCCUGCUGUACGCGCUGCCCUACCAGGACACCGUCUUCCCCCAGCUGAGCCGCAGCACCCGACUUCGUCACGCCUACAGCUCUGUUCUGACCGUUACAAUGGCGUCGGAUCAGAAUUUCUACAAAGCUUUCCGUCAGGCCCAAAUGAACAGAGAGAUCCGAUCGCUCGUGCCGGCAACGGAGGUGUCGCCGCUCUUUGGGACCAUCUUCAACAUGGUUUACUUCGUCGCGAAGGCCGUGGAGGAGCGUCGGCGGGCGGGCGGCGGGCGAUGGGUGACCGGUGAUCAGCUGCUCCGGUCGGACGGAGGCUUUGAAUAUCAGGGAUUCAAUCAGGUGUUGUACGGCGGCAGAGGUGGCAACGGUAUGCGGGCCGGCUACGUGGUGUUGGACUGUGACGGCGACAAACUUGUGCCCACGCACACGCUCGCUCCAACGCACAUCAUCGGGCCGGUCGGAAGUCUGAAGCCGCUGAGGCGCUCCUUCGACUUCCCGGGAGGGAAACCCCCGAGGGCCCGCUCCUGUUGGUUCAAUCCAGACGAGGCUUGCAAAGACACAGACGCUGUGGCAGGCUUGUUUUUCUUCACGUUGAUCUGCCUUCUGCUCGGAGCCAUUUUCUUUUGGAUCAGGAAGCACAGGGGAGCAGAGACCACCUCGAAAGUCAUUCUGACGCUGGACGACGUCAUCUUCAUCGACACUCAAGUCAGCAGGAAGAAGCUGAACGACGAGUCGAUCAUGAGGAGUCUUCUUGAAAUCAAAACGCCUUUCCGCUCCAUCGCCAGAAGCUACAUAUUGACGACCCCCGAGCGCUCCAAUAUCGGAAUACUGGAGGGUGACUGGGUUUGGCUGAAGAAGUUACCGGCGGCGGGGAAUAUGACAGCCGUCAAUCAACACACACAGAUGAUCUUCAGCCAGUUAAGGGAUAUGCGACACGAAAACCUCAACCUCUACUUGGGCAUGUUCGUGGACUCUGGGAUCUUCGCCAUGGUGGUGGAACACUGCCCUCGCGGCAGCCUGGCUGACCUGUUGGCCGACGGCGACAUCAGGUUGGAUUGGAUGUUCAAGUCGUCCUUCCUGAUGGACCUCAUCAAGGGGAUGAAGCAUCUCCAUUUACGCGGUUUAAGUCACGGCCGUCUCAAGUCCACAAACUGUCUGGUCGACGGACGCUUUGUCCUGAAGAUCACGGAUUACGGAGUUCCCAUGAUCCUUCACUCGGAGAGACUGGACGUUUCUGAGGACCCGCAAGAGCUGCUGUGGACCGCACCCGAGAUCCUGAGGCGCCCGGUCAGAGGAGGCACCAUGGCUGGGGACGUGUUCAGCUUCGCCAUCAUCAUACAGGAAGUGAUAUCACGAACGCUCCCCUACCCCAUGAUGGACAUGCCCGCCCUAGAGAUCUUGGAGCGCUUGAAGCAGCCUCCCCCUCUGUGCCGGCCCAUCGUUUCGGUGGACGAAGCGCCGCCCGAAUGUCUCUCUCUGAUGAACGAAUGUUGGAACGAAGACCCCGCCAAGAGGCCGAGCUUCGACGAGAUCUUCAAACAGUUUCGGGGCAUCAACAGAGGGAGGAAAGCAAACAUCAUUGACUCCAUGCUGCGGAUGUUGGAGCAGUACAGUUCCAACCUGGAAGAUCUGAUCCGAGAAAGGACGGAUGAACUCGAGGUGGAGCGAAGCAAGACGGACAAGCUGGUGGGACAACUGCUGCCCAAGUCUGUGGCUCAGGCGCUGAAGAAAGGGAAGCCAGUUCGCCCGGAGCAUUACUCGGACUGCACGCUCUACUUCAGCGACAUCGUCGGAUUCACAACCAUCUCGGCUCUCAGCGAGCCCAUCGAGGUGGUGGACCUGCUCAAUGACCUCUAUACCAUGUUUGAUGCCAUCAUUGCGUCCCAUGACGUCUACAAGGUGGAAACGAUCGGCGACGCCUACAUGGUGGCGUCCGGCGUUCCCAACCGGAACGGCCAUCGACACGCGGCCGAGGUGUCCAACAUGUCGCUGGAUAUCCUGCACUCCAUUGGAGCGUUUAAGAUCAAGCACAUGCCGGAGAUUAAAGUCAAGAUAAGAAUCGGACUCCACUCUGGUCCAGUUGUGGCAGGCGUGGUGGGUCUCAUGAUGCCCAGGUACUGUCUGUUCGGAGAUACUGUGACCACCGCUUCUCACAUGGAAGCCAGCGGACUUUCAUACAGAAUCCACAUUAGUCUGAGUACAGUGAAGGUCCUGACGAGCCUCAAACUGGGCUACCACAUGGAGACCAGAAAAGCUCAGGUGAAAGGUUCAGAGGACACCUUUUGGCUGGUGGGGCGAGACGGCUUCAAUAAACCUCUGCCUGUUCCCCCGGACGUGAAGGGAGGGGCCAGUAACCAUGGGAUCGGUCUGGACGAAAUCCCCGUUGAGAGAAGACAGAAGUUUCUGGACCGACAGAAGAAAAUCAAGAAAUAGACAGUGCCAAUAAUAAACGCGCGCCCGGGCGCACACACUACCUCUGAGUCUGAGCAUGCACAAUUUACUGUAAAUUUGAAAACAGGGUUGUUUUUUGUAUUUUCUUAGGGUUAAAAAAAAAAUACAAAAAUCUAUGUGGACACUGUAGUGUACCAGAAGUGCCCUGCUGAGAAAGUGUUGAGCAAACCAGCCUGUAACAGGUAAAAAAAAACAACAACAACCUUGCAUGGAUCCUUUUCCAAAAGGCAAUGUAAGGUAAGUAAAACAAGUUGAUUAGGUAGCCAAUUUAUGAAACGUAAAUGUUAUUUUAACACUGAAAACAAUCCUUAUUUUGUGCUCACUAACCCUAACGCAAUCGUUAAGAUGCGAUUGAUUGCAAAAUAUCAAAUCUGUUUUCAAGUAUGUUGGAGUAAGUACAUGUUCCGAAUCAAUGUCCAUAUCGUUUAUACUGUAUUUUAAUACGGUAAUUGUGUUGAUGGAUAAAAGCAUGUGUU